AUGUUUGAAGUGACUGAAGCAAAGAGGGUUCGAAGAGAAGAUCUGGACAAAUCAGAUGAUGGCGCAGACAAUUGGAGUGACGACGGCAUCUGUGAUGCCGAGUUGCGCGCAAAACUGAAUGCACAGAUUGCAAGAUCGUUGGGGCUGGACCUCUUGGCAGAAUCGACCCCUGAAGUCGCGAUGAACGACUGUGCUCCCACAGGAAGCAAUGGGUCUCGUGAUAACGACCUUGGAGAAUCAGAGGCUAUUCCCGCUGCCAAGGAUGAUGAGGAAGAGGAAUUUGUUUUUCGACUUUUCAGCAAAGCCCCACCAAGUCAAAAGGUCGUGCUGGAGGAAGAUCCCGGACCAACAGGCAAUGGAACUUUGGUGAGCGGUCGGCCACUCGCUUACUAUGUGGUUAAGAACAUCUCUGCAGAACGAAAGCAUGAGUAUACUGUAGCAGCAGUGACUGGGGAUCAAGUGUUGGCAAGAUCACACGACAGGGCUUGGGGCCUCGAGGUUCCUUGGAAGGUUACGAAACUCGCUAUCACUCGAAAAGCCAGCUCGAAUAAAGAACUACAUGAUAAAAUGGCUCAAAUAAAACGGCGCCCAGGAAAGAAACAACGGAUAUCUUUGAGAAAACGAGCAAGAGAAAUGGAAGAGAGGAAAGCAGCCGAAGUCAAGAAAUUGGCCGAGAAAGAAGAGCAUGUAAAAGACAAGAAGAAGAGGAUGAAUCGUCUGAAGAAGCUACGGAAAAGGGCAAAAGCAAAAGGACAGAAGCAAGUGUUGAAAGAAGGAGAUGAGGAUAAUGGCUCUAAUGCAGAUUCGUCAGGUUCUGAGUGA